UUUGCAGGGUGGUGUUAGACAGGGAAGGAGCUGCUAGAGGAGGGUGAUUUUUUUCUCUCUCUCCUUUUUCCUCCUCCUCUCCCCUCCUUCGCCCGCCUCCUUGUGGCGAUGAGGAGGAGGAGAACGACGCCGAGGAGGAAGAGGCUGAUGGCGGCGGUGAGGCGGCAGCAGGAGGAGGAGACCCCCCGGAGGAUGAAGAUGAUGGUGGCAGAGAUGAGGAAGCACCAGCAGCACAACAGCCGGGAUUAAUUUGACUAAAAACCCACCAGCCUCUUCUCUCCUUUUUUUUUUUUUUUUUCUGGCGGGGGCGCUUUCCGUGUUCUUCCCGUCCCCUCUGCCCGUGGCCCGGGGGAAAAGGCCUCUUCCCCACCCUACUCCCCACCUUUCCCCCCCGCUGAGCCGGUGCCACCCUACCAGAGACCAAACCCGAGGGGCAGAGAAAGGGGAACUUGGCCCCCCGCGUCCUCCAGAUCCGUCGCUCGCUCUCCAUAGUCUUCAGCUGCGUCGGGGGCCCGAGAGGAAGGCGAAGAUUUUGGGGAUCCCCCGUCUCUCUGCUCGUUGUGUUUGUCUAAAAAGAAUUAAAAAUGGCCGAGAAUGUGGUGGAGCCGGGCCCGCCUUCAGCCAAGCGGCCUAAACUCUCCUCACCGGCGCUCUCCGUGUCCGCAAGCGACGGCACAGAUUUUGGAUCCCUCUUUGAUCUGGAACAUGAUUUACCAGAUGAACUAAUCAGCUCCACAGAUUUGGGACUUACCAACGGUGGUGACAUUAAUCAGCUGCAAACCAGUCUUGGCAUGGCACAAGAUGCUGCAUCUAAACAUAAGCAGCUGUCUGAACUGCUGCGGGCUGGUAGUUCCCCAAACCUCAAUAUGGGGGUUGGGGGACCAGGCCAAGGCAUGGCAAGUCAAACCCAACAGAACAGUCCUGGAAUGGGAAUCUUAAACAGCAUGGUUAAAAGCCCCAUGGCACAGGCAGGUUUGACGUCUCCAAAUAUGGGGAUGGGUACAAGUGGCCCAAAUCAAGGUCCUUCAGCCCAGUCAACUGCAGGAAUGAUGCCCACAGUAAAUAGUCCAGUUAAUCAGCCUGGCAUGGGAAUGAACACAGGGAUGAAUGCUGGCAUGAAUCCUGGGAUGCUGGCUGCAGGCAAUGGACAGGGGAUGAUGCAAGGGCAAGUCAUGAACGGUUCAAUUGGAGCAGGAAGAGGGCGACCCAACAUGCCAUAUCCAAAUCCAGGAAUAGGUAAUGCUGGUAACUUGUUGGCUGAGACACUGCAGCAAGGUUCUCCCCAGAUGGGAGGACAGACAGGACUGAGAGGGCCACAACCUGGAGCAAUGAACAAGAUGGGAAUGAUGAGCAAUCCCAGUCCUUAUGGCUCACCGUACAGCCAGAACACUGGGCAGCAGAUUGGAGCCAGUGGACUUGGUCCCCAGAUGCAGAAUAAGACUGGGCUACCAAACAGCUUACCCCAGUUUCCAAUGGACAAGAAGCCAGUUCCCGGGGCAGGAAUGCCUAACAUGGGCCAGCAGCAGGCUCCUCAAGUUCAGCAAGCUGGGAUGGUGCCAGCUGCUCCCCAGGGAAUGGGGUCAGGUGCACCUACGGCAGACCCAGAAAAACGCAAACUCAUUCAGCAGCAGCUUGUUCUCCUCUUACAUGCUCACAAGUGCCAGCGGCGGGAACAGGCAAAUGGUGAGGUGCGACAAUGCAACCUUCCUCAUUGCCGUACCAUGAAGAAUGUCCUCAACCACAUGACACACUGCCAGGCUGGCAAAUCCUGCCAGGUGGCACACUGUGCAUCUUCACGACAAAUCAUCUCGCACUGGAAGAAUUGUACAAGACAUGACUGUCCUGUGUGUUUGCCUCUCAAAAAUGCUGGGGACAAAAGAAACCAACAAUCAUUACUGGGGGGAGCUGCCGCAGGACUUGCAAAUACUGGCUCUGUAGGGGUAGGGCAACAGACUACGCCCUCUAUAAACACUACCAGUCAGAUUGACCCUAGCUCCAUUGAGAGGGCGUAUGCAGCCCUUGGACUGACCUAUCAAGGGAACCAGAUGCAGACGCAAUCCCAGGCUCAAGUGAAGAAUCAGCAGCAAGGGCAGUCACCCCAGGGUCUGCGCCCUAUGAAUCCCAUGAAUGCUAAUCCUAUGGGUGUGAAUGGAGGUAUGGGGGUUCAAGCCCCUAAUCUGCUGCCUGAGUCGAUGUUGCAUUCGGCAAUGAAUUCCCAAAAUCCCAUGAUGAGUGAAAGCGCCAGUGUUACCAGUUUGGGAGCUAUGCCAACAGCAGCACAACCAUCCAACACCGGAAUUCGAAAACAGUGGCAUGAAGAUAUUACUCAGGACCUCCGAAAUCAUCUUGUUCAUAAACUAGUCCAAGCCAUAUUUCCUACCCCUGACCCUGCAGCAUUAAAAGACAGGCGCAUGGAGAACCUGGUGGCAUAUGCGCGGAAGGUAGAAGGUGACAUGUAUGAAUCUGCAAAUAGCAGGGCAGAGUACUACCACUUGUUAGCUGAGAAGAUCUAUAAGAUUCAGAAGGAACUAGAGGAAAAGCGAAGGACCAGAUUGCAGAAGCAGAACAUGAUACCAAAUGCACCAGGCAUGCCUCCAGCUCCCAUGAAUCAAGGGCCCAACAUGGGGCAGCCACAACCAGGGAUGUCUGCAAAUGGUCCCCUUCCUGACCCAACCAUGAUUCGUGCCAGUGUGCCAAAUCAGAUGAUGAAUCGCAUGCAGACGCAGCCGGGAAUGAACCAGUUUGGCCAGAUGAACAUGCAACUGCCAUCCAUGGGUCCCCGGCAAACCCCUCCUCUUCAGCACCCUGGACAGCUAAGCCAGGCUGGGGCCAUGAACCAGCAGAUGGGAUUUGCUUCACGUAUGCAGCAGCCGGGGGUUGGCCAACCUUCCAGCCAAAGUCAGUUUCUGCAACAGAACCAGUUCCCUGCUUCCUCCCCAGGAAUGAAUGCGACAAACAUGCCUAUGACCCAGCCUGGCAAUCAGACGCCAGUGUCUCAAGCACAAAUGACCAGCUCUUCCUGUCCUGUGAACUCUCCUGUAAUGGCUCCAGGUUCUCAAGGGAGCCAUAUUCACUGCCCACCUCUUCCACAGCCUACCUUGCACCGAAACUCUCCCUCUCCAGUACCUAGCCGUACCCCAACACCUCACCACACUCCCCCAGGUCUGGGAUCCCAGCAGCAGCAGCCGCAGGCAACACCAGCAGCCGCCACCACUGCCCCCACCGCCCCCACCCCUACAGCAAUGCCACCUGGACCGCAGUCACAAACUAUGCACCCCCCUCAGAGGCAGACUCCAACGCCUCCACAGGCACAGCUGCCUCCACAAGUCCAACCUCCAGUUCCAGUCACCCCUUCGGCAGAGCAACAGCAGCAACCCCUGUCACAACAGAGCACGACUGCAUCUGUGCCCACCCCAACAGCACCACUGCAGCCUCAGCACCCCACAACACCUCUUUCACAGCCGGCUGUAAGCAUUGAUGGGCAGGUCUCAAACCCACCAUCCACCAGCAGCACAGAGGUGAACUCGCAACAGACUAUCCCUGAGCAGCAGCAGCAGCAGCCACUCUUGCAGGAAGUGAAAAUGGAUAUUAAAAUGGAAGAAGAGGGGUCAGAACAAACAGAGCUCCAGAUAGAGGAGAAACCAGAGAUUAAAGUGGAACCAGUGGUGAAGGAAUGUAUGACAGAACCAAUGGAGCAAGAAGAGAAGAAACCAGAAGUGAAGUCAGAAAUGAAGGAAGAGGAAGAAAGACCCAAUACUCCAGCUACUCAGUCUUCUCCAGCACCAGGACAGUCUAAGAGGAAAAUUUUCAAACCAGAAGAGUUGCGGCAGGCACUUAUGCCAACAUUGGAGGCGCUUUACCGGCAGGAUCCUGAGUCCCUUCCUUUCAGACAGCCUGUGGAUCCCCAACUACUAGGAAUUCCUGAUUACUUCGAUAUAGUGAAGAACCCCAUGGACCUCUCUACCAUCAAGAGGAAGCUAGACACAGGACAGUACCAGGAGCCUUGGCAAUAUGUGGAUGAUAUCUGGCUCAUGUUCAACAACGCUUGGCUCUAUAACCGCAAGACAUCCCGCGUGUAUAAGUACUGCUCCAGACUGGCAGAGGUGUUUGAACAAGAAAUUGAUCCAGUUAUGCAGAGCCUUGGUUAUUGCUGUGGGAGGAAGUUGGAGUUCUCACCACAGACUUUGUGUUGCUAUGGCAAACAGCUAUGCACAAUCCCUCGAGAUGCCACUUACUACAGUUACCAGAACAGGUAUCAUUUCUGUGAGAAGUGCUUCAACGAAAUCCAGGGGGAGAGCGUUUCUCUGGGGGAUGACCCAUCACAACCUCAAACUACAAUAAACAAAGAACAGUUUUCUAAGAGGAAAAAUGAUACACUAGAUCCUGAACUGUUUGUUGAAUGUAUAGAGUGUGGGAGAAAAAUGCACCAGAUCUGUGUGCUUCAUAACGAAAUAAUCUGGCCAUCUGGCUUUGUGUGUGAUGGCUGCUUAAAGAAAACAGGACGAACCAGAAAAGAGAACAAAUUCUCUGCUAAACGGUUGCCAUCUACAAGGCUGGGUACCUUCUUGGAGAACAGAGUGAAUGAAUUUCUGAGAAGACAGAAUCACCCUGAGUCAGGAGAGGUCACAGUCAGGGUGGUUCAUGCCUCUGACAAAACUGUAGAAGUAAAACCUGGAAUGAAAGCAAGGUUUGUAGACAGUGGAGAGAUGGCAGAGUCCUUCCCUUAUCGAACAAAAGCCCUGUUUGCUUUUGAGGAAAUUGAUGGUGUAGACUUGUGCUUCUUCGGUAUGCAUGUACAGGAGUACGGCUCCGAUUGCCCCCCGCCUAAUCAGAGGCGAGUAUACAUAUCUUACCUCGACAGUGUUCAUUUCUUCCGCCCUAAAUGCUUGAGGACUGCUGUCUAUCAUGAAAUAUUAAUUGGAUACCUAGAAUAUGUCAAGAAAUUAGGAUAUACAACUGGACAUAUCUGGGCCUGCCCACCUAGUGAAGGAGAUGACUAUAUUUUCCAUUGCCAUCCUCCUGACCAGAAGAUACCCAAGCCCAAGCGACUGCAAGAGUGGUAUAAAAAGAUGCUGGACAAAUCUGUGUCGGAGCGCAUUGUCCAUGACUACAAGGAUAUUUUUAAGCAGGCAACAGAAGAUCGUCUAACAAGUGCAAAAGAGCUGCCUUACUUUGAAGGGGACUUCUGGCCCAAUGUGCUGGAGGAGAGCAUUAAGGAACUAGAACAAGAGGAGGAAGAACGGAAGAGAGAAGAGAACACUAGCAAUGAGAGCACGGAUAUUCUUCUUGAAUUGUGGACACCAGAACUGGACACAGUAUUCCAGCAGCAGUCGCACCCAGUGCCAAAUACAGAGGUGAGUAAGGGAGACAGCAAAAAUGCCAAAAAGAAGAAUAAUAAGAAGACAAGUAAAAACAAGAGCAGCUUGAGUCGUGGCAAUAAGAAGAAGCCUGGCAUGCCCAAUGUCUCCAACGAUCUCUCCCAGAAGUUGUAUGCCACUAUGGAGAAGCACAAAGAGGUCUUCUUUGUGAUCCGUCUCAUCGCUGGCCCUGCAGCGAACUCCCUGCCUCCCAUUGUUGAGCCUGACCCACUCAUUCCAUGUGACUUAAUGGAUGGGCGUGAUGCCUUCCUCACCCUUGCUAGAGACAAACACCUGGAAUUCUCCUCACUACGAAGAGCUCAGUGGUCAACCAUGUGCAUGCUGGUGGAGCUGCAUACCCAGAGCCAGGACCGCUUUGUUUACACCUGCAAUGAAUGCAAGCAUCAUGUAGAGACCAGAUGGCACUGCACUGUCUGUGAGGAUUACGACCUGUGCAUCACCUGUUAUAACACUAAAAACCACGACCACAAGAUGGAGAAAUUGGGCCUUGGCCUAGACGAUGAGAGCAACAACCAGCAGACUGCAACCACCCAGAGCCCUGGUGACUCUCGCCGUCUGAGCAUCCAGCGCUGUAUCCAGUCCCUUGUCCAUGCCUGCCAGUGUCGUAACGCCAACUGUUCACUGCCGUCCUGUCAGAAGAUGAAGCGAGUUGUCCAACAUACCAAAGGCUGCAAGCGCAAGACCAACGGAGGGUGCCCUAUUUGCAAACAACUCAUUGCUCUUUGCUGCUACCAUGCAAAGCACUGCCAGGAGAACAAGUGCCCGGUGCCCUUUUGCCUCAAUAUUAAACACAAGCUUCGCCAACAGCAACUUCAGCACCGUCUGCAGCAGGCCCAGAUGCUCCGAAGGAGGAUGGCGAGCAUGCAGAGGACCGGUGUGGUAGGUCAGCAGCAAGGAUUGCCUUCACCAACCCCAGCCACACCAACAACUCCAACAGGCCAGCAGCCCCCAACACCACAGACCCCACAACCCCAGCCACCACCCCAGCCUGCCUCGCAACCCCAACCUGCACCUCCCAAUACUAUGCCGCCCUACACAAUGCCGAGAACUCAACCCCCUGGUGCUGUGUCCCAGGGCAAAGCAGGUGGCCAAAUAACUCCUCCAACUCCACCUCAGACUGCUCAGCCCCCAGUCCAGGGUCCUCCUCCAGCUGCAGUAGAAAUGGCCAUGCAGAUCCAGCGGGCAGCAGAGACUCAGCGUCAGAUGGCACAAGUUCAGAUUUUCCAAAGGCCAAUUCAGCACCAGAUGCCCCAACUGAAUCCGAUGCCACCAAUGGGGAUGAACCCUCCCCAGAUGGCUAGAGGGCCUGGUGGUCACAUAGAUCAAGGGAUGGGGCCAGCGGGAAUCCAGCAGCAGCCACCAUGGGCCCAGAGUGGGUUACCCCAACCACAGCAGCUCCAGCCAGGAAUGCAGAGACCAUGCAUGAUGUCAGUAGCCCAGCCAGGGCAGCCUAUGAACAUGGCGCCUCAGCCAGGAAUGGGUCAGGUUCCUGGUGCGCCUCAGCCAAAACCAGCAUCUCUGCCCCAGGCAGCCUUACAAAACUUACUGCGGACUCUCAGGUCUCCCAGCUCCCCCAUGCAGCAGCAGCAGGUGCUUAACAUCCUCCACUCCAACCCUCAGCUACUGGCUGCUUUCAUCAAGCAGAGGGCUGCCAAGUACGCAGUGUCUCAGAAUCCACAAGGUAUGCCAGGGCAGCCUGGAAUGCCACAGGGUCAGCCAGGGCUUCAACCACAGCCAGCCAUGCAAGGGCAGCAAGGAGGGGUGCACCCAAACCCAGCCAUGCAAAAUAUGAACCCCAUGCAAGCCGGGGUCCAAAGGCCCAGCAUGCCCCAACAGACGCAGCAGCAGCAGCCUCAGCAGGCCAUGGGUGGGAUGAAUCCUCAGGCACAGCCGAUGAACAUGAAUCACUCUGGGAUGUCUCCGCAAUUCCGGGAUCUUUUAAUGAGACGGCAGCAGAUGAUGGAGCAGCAGCGCCAUCAGCAGCAGCAGCAGCAGCAGCAGCAGCAAGGAACCGGUCCGGGAUUGGGGCCCGGGAUGGCCAACCAUAAUCAGUUUCAGCAGCCCCAGGGUGUCGGUUACGCUCAGCAGCAACAGCAGCAGCAACAGCAAAGGAUGCAGCAUCAUAUGCAGCAGAUGCAGCAAGGAACUAUGGGACAAAUGAGCCAGCUUCCACAGGCAAUGAGUGCAGAGACAGGAGCCAGUUUGCAGCAGGCUUUCCAGCAGAGGCUACUUCAGCAGCAAAUGGGAUCCCCAGCUCAGCCCAACCCUAUGAGCCCCCAACAGCACAUGCUCCCCAGUCAGGCCCAGUCCCCACACUUACAGGGCCAGCAGAUCCCUUCAUCGCUCACCAAUCAAGUGCGUUCUCCACAGCCUGUACCCUCACCACGACCCCAGUCCCAGCCCCCCCAUUCCAGCCCUUCCCCUCGGAUGCAACCUCAACCUUCUCCACACCAUGUCUCUCCGCAGACCAGCUCCCCACAUCCAGGACUGGUAGCUGCCCAGGCUAACCCCAUGGAUCAGGGGCACUUUGCCAGCCCGGACCAGAGUGCAAUGCUUUCUCAGCUUGCUGGCAAUCCAGGCAUGGCAGGCCUCCAUGGUACAAGCGCCACGGAACUGGGGCUCAGCUCCGAUAACUCAGACUUGAAUUCAAACCUUUCACAGAGUACACUAGACAUACACUAGACACAUUGUAGCAUUUUGGGAGCAAAAAAAAAAACUUAUUUUCUCAAGACUUUUUGUACUGAAGACAAAUUUUUUUGAAUCUUUCUUAGCUAAAACAACAUUUUUUCCCUGGAACACAUCCGAACUCUGCAGCAGUAGUUUGUGGUUUUAAAAACAAGAAACCAACAAAAUGAACCUGAGGGACAAUAGAAUACAAAGAAUAUAUUUUUGUUAUGGCUGGAAUCAUAACCAGUCCUUUUUCUUGUUUUUCCUCGCAUGCGUGCGUUGGGAGGUGGAGGGGGAAAGGGUGGUCUUUUGGCCGCUGACCAAAUUGGCCCCCUUCUCAUGCCUCCAAUAGGUUUUAUUUUUUUUUAAAUUAAUGAAAAUAUGUAAUAUUGAUAGUUAUUAUUUACUGAGGCAGAUGGUUAACAUUUUCCCUAUUCUGGUUUUUCCUCACAUCACUGCAAAAAACCCACAGGAGAACAUUUCCUAAAACCGGAGGACAAAAGGGGUUAAUGUUGCUUUAAAAAUACAUUACAUAUAUAUAAAUAUAUAUUAAAAAUAAAUACCAGUUUUUUCCUCUUUGGUUGGAAAGAUGUCAAUUCUUUGAAAAAAUGUAAAAAUAUUAAAUAACCCAUCCCCUCCUGAAGUCUACUUUUGUCCUCCAAGAAUUUUCUAUACAAGAGUCUGAGCUUAAAAAAACUUCAAGUAUUAAAAUAAUUUGUACAUGUAGAGAAGACAACAUUUUUGCAAAUACACAGGGGCAGCUGCCAAAUGGAUGUAGUAUAUAUAUUGUGGUUUCUGUUUUCUUGAAAGAAUUUUUUUUGUUAUUUUUACAUCUAACAAAGGAAAAAAAAUAAAAAAGAGGGUAAGAAACAAUUCCGAGAGGAUGAUUUUAACCUGAGAAAAAUCCCUGGGGUUUCUUCUUUAUGCUUGCUUUCUCUCUCUCCCCUUUCCCCACCCUCUUCCACUUUCUGUAAAACUUGAAAAUAGAAAGCAAAAAACCCUCAAAUGUUGUAAAUCAUGCAAUUAAAGUUGAUUACUUAUAAAUAUGAACUUUCGAUCACUGUAUAGACUGUUAAAAUUGAUUUCUUAUUACCUAUUGUUAAAUAAACUGUGUGAGACAGACAG